AUGUUCAAACACGUUCUCGCCGUCCUUCUUCAACUCUCCAUGUUUCUCCUCGUCGAGGCUGCACCAGUUGCCGUCCAAAGCGCUCAGCCGUGGCAAGCUGGAACUGGAGGAGGCAUCGUUGGAUUCAUAGUUCUUGUCCUCGACAUCAUUGCAUGGAUCGAGAUCUUUAAGUCCAACCGCCCCGUCUCCGGCAAGGUCAUCUGGGCCCUCGUUGUCUUCCUCUUUCCUGUCGUCGGCAUGAUCAUCUAUUACCUCUUCUCCAACCGCCAGGCCCACAACACCUACGAGCCUAUCAGCGCAUAA